AUGGAGGCCAGUAUAUACUUUGAUAAGCCGAUAGGUGCCACAGGUAGCCAUAUGUCCCCUCUACCAGGGAAAUCACUUCUUUUGGUAGGUGGAAACACAUUUCAGAAGUUCUUGAUGAAGGCUGACUUUUAUCUAGUCAUCAGAAAUCCUCCUAUAGUCCAGAUUGAGCUCAUUUCUGAAUAUUUAGACUACGUUUUGAAGUUUGGGGAAUUGGAGCUUCCUCUGGAACUAACAAAAGAGAUCUUUGGCUAUUUCUUGGCCAAGGUCAACCCCACCAUGUUCCACAUCGAGGCCAAUGGCCAGCUCUUGGGCCGUGUCUCCUUCGAGCUGUUUGCAGACAAAGUUACAAAGACAGCAGAAAACUUUUGUGCUCUGAGCACUGGAGAGAAAGGAUUUGGAUAUAAGGGUUCCUCCCUUCACAGAAUUAUUCCAGGAUUCAUGUGCCAGGGUAGUGACUUCACAUGCCAUAGUGGCACUGGUGACAGGUCCAUCUACAGGAAGAAAAUUGAGGAUGAAAACUUCAUCCUGAAGCAUACAGGUCCUGGCAUUUUGUCCAUGGCAAAUGCUGGACCAAACACAAAUGGUUCCCAAUUUUUUAUCUGUACUCCCAAGACUGAGGGGCUGGGUGGCAAGCAUGUAGUCUUUGGGAAGGUGAACAUCGUGGAAGCCAUGGAGCAUUUUGGGUCCAGGAAUGGCAAGACCAGCAAGAGGACCACAAUUUCUGACUGUGGACAACUCUAA